AUGGAGGACGAAGAAGACGACUUCUACGAUCCCAUAGAUUCUGUGCCGGCUGGCCAGGCACAGAACAACGCCAACAAUGCUGCCCCAGAGCAACAAGAGGACUACGAGUAUGAGGAAGAGGAAGAGGUCGAGGAUGAUGAUGAUGAUUUCAAUAUCAUUACAGAAGCGCCCGCUGACGCGCCACCCCCCGAGAUCUCUCAUCCACGCCAUGCGAGCUUAAGACAAGAGCCACAGCGACCUCCCUCAGCAGAUUCAUCAAUAAUCUCCAAGUCCGCGACAUCUACUGCUACUCCACACCUCGAUGUCUCUACUCCCGUGCCCGCGAGUACAGCCGCCGCAACCGCGAAACAAGCCGGGCCGCUGAGACCAGGCUCAUCCUACCCAGCUAUCCACACAUCUACAAUCGACGUCAAUGGAAAUCCAGUUCAUCCGACAACGGGAAAGACUAUUAUGGCAACUGAUAUGGAUGCCGACUUCCCUACAGACGACAAGCCCUGGCGACGCCCCGGGACCGAUAUCACAGACUUCUUCAACUACGGCUUUGACGAGUUCACAUGGGUCAGCUACUGCUUGAAGCAGCAAGAGGUGCGCAAGGAAGUUGGAGAUCAAAAGAAACAAAUGGACGACAUGUCAUCCUUCCUGGGUAUGGGGAUGCCCCCAAUGCCGAGUGCAACCCCGGGCCCUGCUGCACCAGGUCCCGGUGCACCACCCAUGCCUGGUAUGCCGGGCAUGCCAGAUAUGAACCCAGAUAUGAUGCAGGGCAUGUUGGCGUCUAUGAUGGCCCAGGGGCUUGAUCCGUCAACUAUGGACCCAAUGGCGUUCAUGCAACACGCGCAGACGAUGAUGGGUGGUCAACCCGGUGGAGGCCAGCAAGGGCAACCUGGCUUUGGAGGCCAAGGCCAGGGCCAGGGCUUUGGACAAGGAGGACAAGGCCAGAUGGGAUACGGAGGCUAUGAGCCGCGCGGGAAUUAUGGUGGUGGUCGCGGACGUGGCCGCAGAUGGUAA